GGUACGACGACCACUACCACGCGCUCCCCGCGGGGGUGCCCUGCUCGCAGGUCGACCACUUGGACACCAUCACCGAGCUGGAGCUGUGCACAAGAUACGCGUUGCAGGAGCACGGCCAGGCGUCGCCGGACGAGCAGGACCUCGGCGCCCAGGGGUGCUGGUAUUUCGAACGCACGCAGCGGGUGAUCUUCAGCCAGUCGGGCGUGUCGGACGCCUCGUUCACCGACUACAGGAGUAUCUGCCUCGGGGUCUACCACAUUUACCCUGAGGCUUACACAGUCGCUCCCCAAGGAACCACCUGCGCGGAUAUCUCCCUGACCACGCUGAGCGACGGCAAGAUUUGCCGGUCGUACGCGAAUGCCCUCGGUCUCAACUUUAGCGUCAGCGACCAGAUGGGCCUCUAUGGUUGCAUGUACCUCGGGCCUGUGAUGCAGGUGGUGUUCAGCUCAUCUGCGGUGUCGGGGCAGCAUCCCGAGUUCUCCGACUACAGGAGCGUCUGCGAGGGAAGCACAACAACAACGACGGGUACCACGCUCUCCUCAUCUUCUUCGACGACGCUUUCGACAUACGUGGCCCCAACAGCGGAGCAGAUUGCGACCAAGGCAGCUGGCACCUGGCAGACGGCCGUGAUUGUGCUCAUUGUAUUGGGAGGUAUUGGCUUCCUCGUCAUGAUGAUCGGGUGCAUGGUGCCCAUGCGCACGCAUAGCUUGGGCGGAUCCCCGCCGUCAGCAGUGUGACUGCGUCUUCUUCGGCAGAAUGCAAGCUGGAGGAGAGUGAUAGUUUUUGUUGUGUCACAUGGCAUACGCCGAAGCGUGUAGGCAGCCACAACGAGUUAUCAAAUCGAGUGUGUCGUUUCACGUCGGUGUUGCCAGGAAUUAAUCGACGUGCGACGUAUUGCGAAGCAUGCAGGUCGCACAAUCCUGCCCCCCUCCCGCUGAACGAUCGAGGUGGAGGGGUACACGCCCAGACAAAUGGUCGGCGCUGCGGCAACAAGCACGACGUCGGGGGUCUGCAUGGCAAGGCUGCCCCCGAGCCCGCCCCCGCCCCCCCUGGACGCUGCCCCUGGGCUCGAGAGGCCCCGGCCAGGCGCUCCAGCAGAGCACCAGGAGCUGCGGGCCCGACACGGGAGCCCGGCCCUGGGGGCGGGGGCGAGGCCAGGGGGCGCGGCACGGGGCGAUCCCCACGGAUCGACUCGGAGGGGCGCGGGUGCCCCCGGCCUGGGGCCCAGGAGACCGUCCCGGGAGAGAGAGCCCCGCGAGCCGAGCGCGUUGCCACCCCUCGCUCGCGCCUCCCGCGCUGGUGCGCCGCCGCUCGCACGGAGGAAGGAGCACGGGAAUUUUGGGGUACAUCAAUUCUGUAGUCGAUCCCCCACUCGACAAAUCGGCCGUGGCGCUCUUGCCGCUGCACGCGCGGGGCGGGACUUGCCAACACAGAGCGCCGCCUCCUCAGGGCUUCGGCGCUUCAGACAGAUGCGCGUCUCGGCCGUGACGGUCCAGUGGGCAUCCCGGCAGCUCGUUGUUGGGGGAGGGCCGGUCCAGUGAUCAAGUGCGCAGUGUCUUGCGAUAGCGAAUUGAAUGUGCGUUGCAAUAUGACUGCUCUGCUGCUGUCUUCUUUUGUCUUUUGCAGCUCCCUGAGUAAAGCUCGGGAGUUCGUGCUGGUUACCGUGCAUGAGCCAGCGAGAGUGCGCACUGCUGCGGUGGAAACGUUGUCUUUGUUUGUUGGUCUGGAUAGCUUACGUUUCUCUCGACGAUCGCUAUUGGGCAUUCGAGCUGCUGAAUGAUAGGUGCAGCACCGGUGCAUGGUAUACAGUGGUGUUCACGAGGGUAUCGUCGCUCCAACGCUGAAGGCGCCUGUGUUUUUUUCACGCGGCUGUAUCUUCGCGCGCCCAAGAAAAGAUGGCUCCUCGGGAUUGCUCCACCUCCUGUUACCCUCCCUUCCUCUCCGCACGAGCUGCAUCAGCGGCGGAGAUACCCGAACGGCAGUAAAAAAGAAAAGGCUGACGGCGCCUCGAGCGACCGAUCGGCCCACUCUCUUCUUGACAAGCCUGGCCUUGCUGCCUCUACUCCGAAGGUAUCACGGCUGACGGCGUCUUGAGCGACCGAUCGGCCUCUUCUUGACAAGCCUGGCCUUGCUGCCUCUACCCCGAAGGUAUC